AACCGCACAGAGACGUGGCCUCCCACUGUUUCCGAGGCCGACGUGGAGGGAGAUGCUGCCAAUCUGGACAAAGAAUCUGCCAUAGAACCACAUAAAACCUGAAGAGAGCUGAGAGUGGCAGCGUUGGCAUAGCAUCGUUCAGAAAAAGCCUGAGCUGAGCUGGAAACGAGCUGCGGUAGCUGCUGCCUGUGCGCACCUCUUUACUCAGAUCCCCCCGGGCCGUCAUAGCCGGUAGGCGUGCGGCGACAGAACCAGGCUGCACAGCGUGAACCAAUACCCCAACAGUGGAUAUAUGAGACAGGAAAUCUGCACUUGUACCUGAGUACAGCGCGAGAAGAUACACUUAUCUCGGGGGGGAAAAAAUAAACAAGGGUCCUGUCCUGUCCACAUUGGCCCAGCGUUGGGACUGGGAAGAGACGGGACCUCUGCGCUGUGAAGAGUCGCUCCUUUGCCGUGCAGCAGCCACAGACUCACCAGACGCACUAAAAGGGCAGGAGGGAGAGAGAGAGAGAAAGGGGAAGGUGGAGGAUAUUUUACGCACAGCAGCACCCAGUAGCCCUGUUUGACACGCGGCUACAAACCGGGAGUCUCCUUCUCCGUUUAGGACUCAACACAGUCCCCUUCGCUUCUCGGUCGGAUUUGCACUUGACUUAUAAGUCCACAUACAGCGGUCGACAGGGAUGGAUUCCUUCAUCAUAGCGGCUCUGGCACUGGGCUCUCUGACGGCACCAGUCUAUGGGGACAAAUGGAACAGCAAAGCUCGGAGUUGUUCGGAUAUCAGGCAGUUUUAUAGCGGGAAAGGAUUCCCUCUUGAUGGCGUCCCUCAGUCUGAAAUAUCAGGGGAGCACCUGCGCAUCUGUCCCCAGGGUUACACCUGCUGCACUAGUGACAUGGAGGACAACCUGGCCGUGCUGAGCCGCAGGGAGAUGGAGGGGGUUCUCAAAGACGCUGGCCGAUCCUUACAGACCUCACUCACUGGACAGUUCAAGGCCUUUGAUGGUUACUUCCAGGAGUUGCUGAACCGCUCUGCCAUUAGCCUACAGGAAACUUUCACUGCAACUUGGGGUUUACUAUACUCCCAGAACUCUCAGGUCUUCUCUGACCUAUACACGGAUUUGAGGUUCUACUAUCGUGGCUCCAACAUCAACCUGGAGGAGGUGCUCAACGAAUUCUGGGCCAGGCUGCUGGAGAAGCUCUUCUACCAAGCAAACAAGCAAUAUUUCAUAGGUGAGGACUACCUGGAGUGUGUGUCUAAGCAAAUAGACACACUACGGCCCUUCGGAGACAUACCCCGUGUCAUGAAGAUGAUGGUCACACGCACAUUUGUGGCAGCACGCUCUUUUGCUCAGGGACUGAUGGUCAGUGGGGAGGUGGUGCGCAAGGUGUCCCAGGUGCAGCUGAGCCAGGAGUGCAUGCGGGCUGGGAUGAGGAUGACUUACUGCCCCCACUGCCGCGGCAUGGCCUCCGCCAGACCUUGUGCCAACUAUUGCAGCAACGUCAUGAAGGGCUGUCUGGCCAACCAGGCUGACCUCAACACAGAGUGGAGGCAUCUGGCAGAAACAAUGAUACAGGUGGCUGAUCGCUUUGAUGGCCCAUCUGGUGUGGAUAGUGUGAUCCUCUCUCUUCCCAAUCGUAUAUCAGAAGCCAUGCUUACCAUGAUGGAUAACAUAGAACCCAUCAACAGCAAGUUGUUCCAGGCAUGUGGCAGCCUCAGAGAGGGAGGAACCAGCAGCACAGGAGUUGAUGAAAUCAUGAAGAGAGGGAGGGUUACAGUGGAGGACAGGCUGGAAACCAACUCGAACAAAAUGGACAAACUGGUGUCUGAUGUAACUGUAAGACUGAGGGACUUGCAGUCGUACUGGGUUUCUCUUCCAAAUCUGCUCUGCAGUGACAGAGUGGCUACUGGAACAGGUGCCGAGGAUAAGUGUUGGAAUGGCAUGAACCGUGCCAGGUACCUUCCCGAGGUGAUGGGUGAUGGCCUAGCUAGUCAGAUCAACAACCCUGAGGUGGAAAUCGACAUCACCAAGCCAGACAUGACAAUACGUCAACAGAUAAUGCAGCUGAAGAUCAUGACGCACCGCCUGAAGAAUGCUCUCAAUGGCCAGGAUGUUGACUUUCAGGACACCAGUGAUGAUGUCAGUGGUUCAGGAAGUGGCAUGUGCACCGAAGAUAUGUGCUCACGGGGCCCACGUCUUGUCAAGCCCAGCACUGAGCGACCCAUACGCUACCCCUACCCUCCAGAAAACAAGGAGGUGAAAGCCUCGGCCAGCCAGAACCUCCCCGGCAUCACCAUUUACCUGCUUUCACUGCUCAUUUUGCUGCUCCGGCGAUAAUUGAGGGGGAAUCUACCAACUGGGACUGAGUUUGGGACACAGGGUCGGGGAGAGUCUGAAAGGGGAGGGAGGAGAAGUUGGGGGUUAGUUACUUUGCCAAAACUAAAUAAGUAAGUAAGGAAACAACAAAACAAAAAAAAAAUCACUUGGAUGGACUUUCUCUUGGUUUCGGAUUAGAACAAAAUGGAAUUACGAGUAUUCAUAAAUGUUUUGGUUCUGCUCUUGUCUUUUAUUUCUUGCUAUAUUAUGACACCACUAGAGCUGGUCUUUUCACAUCUUCUAAUGUUUUGUUUCUGGUGUUUCUGGGUUUCUCUGAGAUUAUAUCUGUACCUAAGACAUGUGUAAGACUAUAUUGCUAACAGUAUGUUGGUGUUGACACCACAGGGAGAGGGAGAAUGGGGCUUUGAGGGGCGCUCAGAUUUGUUAUUCCACUCCUUUAAAACAGCACUUGCAUUCAGUAGAAUUAUUUAUUUAUUAAUAACUCACAAUAGACCCCAGAGUGAAUUAAUCACUCCCCAAUAUUUAUAGAAAAACAACACAAACCACAAACUUAAAUGAAAUGAAAUAUUGAUGACUUUUACAGGAGGAUGAUUUAGACAUUGCGACCCACCAGACCUCUUAAUGCAUUAAGCCUCACAAUAUCAAUACACUUACACACGCACUCUCACAGCGAGGAUGAGAGCACGCCAAGUCAGCACUUUUUGCCAUUUAAGCUGUAAUAAUAGCUGUGAUCACAUUCACACUGACAUGAUCAUCUAAUGUAGGAGUAACGUGACCCGUCCACCGCUCCAUCCAUCCACUCACCCUAACCCCCCCCCCCCCCCCCCCCCCCCCCGCCCCUCUCCUACCCCUGCCUCCCCUCCUGCUGAGACAGAUCUCCCUCCCUCUCUCCAAACCCUGCUGGCAGUGUAGGAUCAACUCGAGAGUCUGGUGUAAGCAAAACACAUGCUAGGCCAGGCCGGGUCUCAGAUGACCGCAGCUUCCCACUAUAGAGCACUGUAUGUGGAAAUGGAGGGAGGGGGCUGUCAGUUUAAGAUCACCCUCACAGCAAAGGAUUGACAGUUCAUGAGUUUGGAAACAUGUAGCAGAACAGAAAUGUAUUCGGAAGCAGAAACACUGCUGCCAUGUAGCGCUUUUUUCAGUAUUCCUUUUAUGUGCACAGCAGAGCUAAAAUAUAAUAUGCAUAAUUUUGUGUGCUCCCUGCAAAGGCCCAGUGGUCCUGUGAUUAGCAUCAUAAUUGCAGCCAGCAGUGUCAUAAGUUUUUGUCUAAUUGCAGCAAUGAUCCAUAUCCACAGUUAAAGCCACACCAUGCACAUCUUUGAAUCAUCCAACUAUUUCUAUGGCAGACACAGCAGUGUACAUAUUUUUGAUUGCUUCUUUGUUUUUUUUAGAGAAAAUAGCCAAUUAGGUAUCAAAAUUUUAUAAUGGCCAGAUCAGUGUACGCUAUAACUCUUAUUUCCUUCCAUCAUCUGUCAUAGUGUAUUCAUAUCUGCCUUCCACUUUUCUGCAACUUUUCUAUAUCAGUGCCUCUUUCUUCCCUCCCACCCCCAACACCCUCUACCUGUCUCCCCCUGCUCAUCAGUUAUUAUGACCUUUAAAACGUUCCUCAUGCUUCUACAUGAUGGCAAGGCAAUAUGACAAUGACACAGUGCUUCAUUAUGUGUCAACCUUAGUGGGAAUGUUGUGGGAACACAGUGUGAUGCUUUACCUGAUGAGAAGCUCGCCGGGGAGGAAACACAUACCACAUUUUAAUUCAAAGAAAUGUCAAAGCUCUCAUUUAAGAACGCCGCGCGCAGGAUGAUGGGACAAUGCUUGCAUGUGUGUACAUGUAUACGUGUUUGUGUGCGAAUGUGUGUACUUGUCUUUGAUUGAUAGAGCAAAACAGGGAGCGGAUGAUAGAGCCUUUAUAAAUCUUGUUUGGAUGUCACAGAAAUGAAAUGUAUUAAAAUGUAUUGGACUAACAGUGUAUGCUAGAGUGCUAUUUAACAGACAGCCAUGGGAGAUUAAUAUAGCUCAUUUUUCAAAAAAAAAAAAAAAAUUUCAACCUACUACUGUGAUGUCUCCCAAAUCAUAUUGAUAGUAUCUAUACUUGUCAGUAUUGUUUGUGACAGAGAGAUGGAAUGUGGAGGAUGUAAACAGACACGCUUUUUAAAGCACAUCAUUGCUUCAGUUGUUCACAGGGACAAUCCACUAUGAUUCAUUUUGUUUAAAAAAUCUAUAUGUAUUUGACAGGUGGUAAUACUGCAGAUCCAAUUAAGUAGUUUGGGGCUCUGGCAAAGUUUGAGAAGCACAUCUGCUAGAUACUUAAUUACUGCUCAAAAAAUGUGUGAGGUUGUUGUCACAAGUGUUACCUGACAGGUUAUUUAGAUGGUAUUUUCUGUUUUUUUACCAUGCUUUAUUAAUGAAUGCUUUGUUGCUCUGUGAGUAUGUGUGUUUUAUGUGCGUGUGUGUCUCUCUCUGUUAGUCCCUGGUUACAAAAUCUGCCUGUGACUGCCUUUGACACUUUGUAUAAGGUUGGGGUCAAUUUUGAGAUUUAAAAAGACAGAUUUAAUGAUAUUAGAUGUUUAACUGGAGGAAAAAUGAAAAAGAUUUUAAACAAAGAACAAUUAGCAAGAGCACCGCAUGGGUCCUCUUUUUGUGACCUGCCAGAGAAAUCUGAAUAUGAAUGUGAAAGUACACAAUAUGCCCUGUAAAGAAUGAGAAAUGACUCCAACUGUGAUGGUGACAUUCCAAUUCAAAGACGACUUGCGACUUGCGACUUUAGACUCCGAACUUCAGUUUCAAUGACUGCCUCACAAUGUCAUCGACUGAAAUUUGCACAACCCCCUCCCCCUCUUCUCUCCUCCUUCACCUUUUGAUCUCAUUAAUUUGUUGCUCAAAGUCCCCCUCCCUUUUAUAAAACCUGCACUUUUAUGAGGCCAAUAAAUGGCAUUGUCUGCACAAAGACAUCACUAGAUGGUCAAUCAAUACGUGAGUCAACACCUUCCAGAAACGACCAUUGAUUGGGGAUGUGCGUAUGCAGAUAAGUAUGGCCCAGUAUGACGUCUCCUCUUCAACUUAGGUGAAACAGUGUAAACACAAAGCCCCUGAGUGUUAAGAGGAAGCAGGAGAAAGGUCUAACCAGAGUACUGAUCUCAAAUCAGUGUGCACCUUGAUCCUGCCUUCAUCUAUUUACAGUAGGUGGCAAAAAUGCAAAGCUGAUUAUCCAACUGUUUAAAAACAGCUUUACACUGAAUGGAGUAUGGGGAGGCAUUUCUGAAAGGUGCCAAUUUAUGAGGAAAAAAAGUACUUUAAAUUUUCUUGUUUUUAUUUACUUCAGUUUUAUUUUUAUCAGAAAUCUAUGGAGAGUUUGUGCUUAUGGUGAAGAUAGAUACCAGAAAAAGGUUGAAAAAUACAAAUGUCUCAUUUGCUGUUGUACCUGAAAUCUUGUGUCAAUUAUAUACAUUGUAAGAUUUUCAACA